AUGAAAAAGUAAUUUCAAUUCUAAAAGAAAAAUAAAGAAUGGCAAUAAGAAUUUUAAGACAUCGAUGAUCAAUCAGUACUAGAAAAGAUUUAAUUGCCUCCUUCUGAAGAUGAAGAAUAACCAAUUAAAUAAAAAGUAGAAAUAUAAUAAGAGAAUUAAUAAGAGGAAAAUGAAAUAGAAAUAGUAGAAGAAAAAGAAAUGAUAAAUGAACAAACUAAUUAAAAAUCGAAAAAAAUUGAAUGGUUAGAUUCAGAUAUUGAAGGACUUGAUGACAUAGAUGAUGAAGAAGAAUAAAUAGAUGAUGCUUCUGAUAUUGAUCAUGAUUAGAAAACUAUUUUUGUCUAAGGACUUCCUUUGAAAAUAAGUGAUAAAGAGAUUGCUGAUUUCUUUUCUAAAUUUGGUACAAUAGUUUCAAUAGAAAUACCUCGUAAUGAAGGGUCUUAAUUUACUAAAAGAAGGGCAUUUAUUGAAUUUAGUACAUUAAGUGAAGCACAAAGUGUUGCUAUGCUUGAUUUAGAAUUAAAAGGAUAUACUUUAAAAAUUAGAAUUGGUCUUUAAUAAAAAGAAUAAAAUAAUUCUUUAGAUAAAAAUCAUAAGAAAUAGAUGAGUAGAAGUAGAAGUAGAAGUUAAUCAAAAUGA